UUGCCAUUCGUUCGCCUUAUCAGCGGUGUGCUAUUAAUAUUAAACCACGAAUGCGGAACACUGACCUAAUCUCGCUCUUUGUUCUCGUUCUCGGUGUUCCCGACGCGAGAUGUGACAUUCAUUUGCUACCACACCGGGUAAGCAUAGCCAGGCCAUGAAACUGACGUGUUGCAUCCCAUGGCGCUAUGUUGUGGCAGGCAUGUGGUUCAUAGCCUUCGUACUCCACGACAGCUUCCGCAGCAGCCUCAGCAUCACCAUCGUGUGCAUGGUAAACCAUGACCCCCUCAUCAACAUCACGACAUUGUCCUAUGACAUCAAUUCAUCAAUAGAUCAGGUUGGAAUCAAACAGGGACGACCAAUGACAAUCAACACCACAGCGCCCAUCAUGGAGGACACAUGUUAUUCUCAAGAGAGGUCCAAGAGCUCUGAUAUUUCGACAGGUAGUUUUGAGUGGAGCAAGCAAGUUCAAGGUCUGCUACUGGGCGCUGUGUUUUGGGGGUACAUGGCCCUUCAGUUCCCUUCUGGGUGGUUGGCGGAGAGAUUCGGGGCACACAGGGUCAUCCUCAUCUCCCUCAUCGCCGCAUCAGUAACAAGCAUCUGUACACCUAUGGCUGCUCAUGCGCAUCCAUAUGUUCUGCUAGCUGUUCGUUGCAUGACGGGAGUGUCUAUCGCAGUGUUGUACCCCUCACUUCCGGUCUUCUGGGCCCGCUGGGCACCAGCUGCAGAGUGGAACCGGAUGUUGGGCAUUUCUCUUUCUGGAGGACUGAUGGGCAAUGCCAUCAUCUUUCCGUUCGGAGGAUACAUGUGUAAAUACGGACCUGCUGGUGGAUGGCCGUCCUUGUACUAUGUCCUAGGAGGAGCUGGCUUUCUGUGGUGUCUGGCGUGGGGUCUGACGGUGAGGGACACGCCUCGAGCCACGACCUUGAUAACAAACAAGGAGAGGGACUACAUCGAACUUAACAUAAAACUUCGAAAUAUAAGUAUAAGGAAACCCCCGACACCGUGGCUAGAGAUGAUGACGUCACGAGCCACCAUCGCCCUGAUCACGACCCACACACUUAUCAACUAUGGAGUAUACAUGUUGAUGACGCAGCUCCCAACAUACAUGGAGGAGGUCAUGAUGUUUGACAUAAAGUCGAACGGCAUAUACUCCAUGCUGCCGUACCUGGUGUUCUGGGGUGUCGUGAUGCUGACCAGCUGGGUGUCCGACUGUCUGGUGUCCAGGAGACUUCUCAGUGUUGGUGCCACUAGGAAGUUGCUCAAUACGCUAGGGUGUAUGCUGCCGGCUGUGUCGAUGCUGGUUUUGGCUAUGGCGAACUGUCUACCACUUCCGGUUGCUAUAGCCUUGCUGUGUGGAGCUGUUGGACUGGUAGGAUUCGCUUUUGGAGGCUAUCUUGUAAACUAUGCCGACAUUGCACUGCAGUUCUCUGGGACCCUCAGUGGACUGGGGAACUGCAUCAGUAGCAGUGCUGGGAUCAUUGCUCCCUACAUCGUGGCGUCCAUGACCGUGAACGGAACACGACAGGAAUGGCAAUACGCGUUUUUCACUGGAUUUGGGUCGUUUUCCCUGGCCGCAUUGAUCUUUCUUUGUUUCGGGAGUGGAGAAACUCAACCUUGGGCCAAACACGAUUCUAUUACAAAAGAAAUCCGAGCGGCGUCUGAUACAACUCUACCAGACAAAGAUACAGACACAGAACAGUCCUGUGCUUGACAUGCAUUGUAUUGGAGCUAAAGCGGCAUAAAGCCAAAUAAACUCGUUUUCUUGUUA